CAGCUUAGUCACCAAUCCUGCAUCUAUCAAUUGAUUACGAGGCCGGUCACAACUCUAUCAAAUCAACAGGUAGCUAUCUAAGUCAUCUAAAUAAGUGGAAAAAGUACAUGUUAUCUUAUAUGGUGAACGAAUUAGGCAUCCCUGAUAUACUUGAUUAUAAAGUAAGUCUAUCAAGUAAUAUCAUGCCGUGUAUCUCGGGUCUCGCGCCAUUCGUAGCACAGAGCACAUCACCACGCCCUGCAGCUUCGCAUACGCUUUAUUCCCGCACCAGCAGCAGACUUCCCGCGCAUAGCCUCCGAUCAACGGCGUCAGUAAAUUCUCUUAAAAUCGCCGUCCACAAAAGUAAACAGGAAAAAAAGCGGCAUCCAGGUAUUAUAAGUGUAAGUGACAGAGGGCCUAAGUCAUCUCCUAGGGGUUACACAAGAAAAGAGGGACUUGAGCAUACAGAAACAGACAACCCGCACAUAUCCACAACACUAAACUCAUCUAGCAUAGCAAGUCGUAUUCUCUCAUGUAUGCGUAUAUUCACUUUGUCGUUACAGACCACUUGGUUCCCCCCCAUUCUUUGCCUUUGACUCACGCCGAUAGGCCGGCCUUCUCUUGGUGUGUGACAACUUGCUCCGGUUCGAUCCCUUCUCUCCAUUUUUUUCUUAUAAUCCUUGCCCGACCGUUAUAGCCGCAGAUGGUUGCAUGGGAUCUCGUUAACUGUAUCUGAGCCGCUGCAUGGUGCUGGUUCACGGUUCGCACUAGAUAGACCAUGACUCUAUUGAAGCUAUAAAGACGUCAACUCGUGACUCCGUCCGUUCCACAUAAAUAUACUUCCAUUUCAAUUUCUUUCCUGUUUAAAUCGGUAUUGGCUUUCAUCCCAUUAGAUAGGCUUUGACUUGCAGCGGCACCACCCACAUGCCAUCCGUCACGUCGGGGAGC